AUGCUCGGAAACAUUGCUCUCGCAUCCGCUUGCCUCGCGGCCGUCGUAGCUGGUCUACCGGCCACCAAGCGCGGCAUCCAAGACAAAUACACCUACUACCAGGGAGACGGGUCCGUCGCCGCCGGAUGGCCGUCGAUGGACUCCUGGGGCUCCUGGGACGAUCUCUGGAAGGCCAACUCGGGGCUGAUGAACAAUACUUGCACCUGGAACGGCUGGGGCCAGGACGACUCCAGCGACGAGAUCGCCGCCGUGGGCAGUGCCAUCCAGGACGUCGCCAAUCAAACUGGCGUCGACGAGCGCUUCAUCCUCGCCGUCUUGAUGCAGGAGAGCAAGGGCUGCGUCCGCGCCCCUACCACCAAUAACGGCGUCGUGAACCCCGGCCUUAUGCAGUCGCACGACGGCUCUGGCACCUGUGCCGGCGUCGACCCUUGCCCCAGCAGCCAAAUCACCCAGAUGGUCCACGACGGCGUGGCCGGCACCUCAUCUGGCGAUGGCCUCCAGCAGCUGAUUGCAAAGGCUAAGGGAACUGUUAGCGGCGACAGCCAGGUUUACUACGCCGCGGCCCGUCUGUAUAACAGUGGCUCGGCCAACUAUGCCAACCUCGACCUUGGCAUGGGAAGCACGGCUUGCUAUGCUUCUGAUAUUGCCAACCGCCUGACUGGCUGGACUCUGGCUACUACCGCCUGCCACUGA